GUUACUCUUUACAGCCAUUACACCUGCCCAUGAGACCGAGACCAUUAUAAUGUCCCUAUGUGGCUCUUCUCACAAGGAGUUUUCUCAGAUGUUACCUAUUCAAGACAUGGAUAUCAAAAACUCACCGUCUAGCCUUAACUCCCCUGCCUCCUACAAUUGCAGUCAGUCCAUCCUUCCCCUGGAGCACGGCCCCAUAUACAUACCUUCCUCCUAUGUAGAGAGCCGCCAUGAAUACUCAGCCAUGACAUUCUACAGCCCGGCUAUGAUGAAUUACAGUGUUCCCAGCAGUGUCAGUAACUCGGAGGGCGGACCUGGUCGACAGACCACAAGCCCAAACAUGUUGUGGCCAACUCCUGGACACCUCUCUCCUUUAGCCAUCCAUUGCCAGUCUUCAGUUCUAUAUGCAGAACCUCAAAAGAGUCCUUGGUGUGAAGCAAGAUCACUAGAACACACCUUACCCGUAAACAGAGAGACAUUGAAAAGGAAGGUUAGUGGGAGCAGUUGUGCCAGCCCUGUUGCUAGUCCAAGUUCAAAGAGGGACGCCCACGUCUGUGCUGUCUGCAGUGACUACGCAUCAGGAUAUCACUAUGGAGUCUGGUCGUGUGAAGGGUGUAAGGCCUUUUUUAAAAGAAGCAUUCAAGGACAUAAUGAUUAUAUUUGUCCAGCUACAAAUCAGUGUACAAUAGAUAAGAACCGGCGCAAAAGCUGCCAAGCCUGCCGACUUCGGAAGUGCUAUGAAGUCGGGAUGGUGAAGUGUGGCUCCCGGAGGGAACGGUGUGGGUACCGCAUAGUACGGAGGCAGAGAAGUCCCGAUGAGCAGCUGCACUGUCUGAACAAAGCCAAGAGAAACGGACAUGUGAGCCGAGUGAAGGAGCUACUGUGGAGCGCCCUGAGCCCGGAACAGCUGGUGCUCACACUCCUGGAGGCAGAGCCGCCCAAGGUGCUGGUGAGCCGCCCCAGCGCGCCCUUCACCGAGGCCUCCAUGAUGAUGUCCCUGACCAAGCUGGCCGACAAGGAACUGGUGCACAUGAUUGGCUGGGCCAAGAAAAUUCCGGGCUUUGUGGAGCUCAGCCUGUACGACCAAGUGCGGCUCUUGGAGAACUGCUGGAUGGAGGUGCUAAUGGUGGGGCUGAUGUGGCGCUCCAUCGACCACCCUGGCAAGCUCAUCUUUGCUCCAGACCUUGUUCUGGACAGGGAUGAAGGGAAAUGCGUGGAAGGAAUUCUGGAAAUCUUUGACAUGCUCCUGGCAACGACUUCAAGGUUUCGUGAGUUAAAACUCCAACACAACGAGUAUCUCUGUGUCAAGGCCAUGAUCCUCCUGAACUCCAGUAUGUACCCUUUAGCUGCAGCAGCUCAGGAGGCGGAGAGCAGCCGGAAGCUGACUCACUUGCUGAAUGCUGUGACUGAUGCUCUGGUCUGGGUGAUCGCCAAGAGCGGCAUCCCUUCCCAGCAGCAGUCCGUCCGCCUGGCUAACCUGCUGAUGCUCCUUUCUCACGUCAGGCACGCCAGCAACAAGGGCAUGGAACACCUGCUCAGCAUGAAGUGCAAAAACGUGGUCCCGGUCUACGACCUGCUGCUGGAGAUGCUGAAUGCCCACACGCUUCAUGGGUGCAAGCCCUUGGUCACGGAGUCUGAGUGCAGCCCAGCAGAGAAGACUGAGAGCAAAGAGGGCUCUCAGAACCCGUCUCAGUGAAGACCAGCCCUGAGGCGAACAGGCUGCAGAGGUAGCUGCUGCAGCCUGAGCUCUGGUGCGAUCGUGAGCCCCAUCGCGAUGGGCGGGCUUCGUCUUUCUGUUGCUCCCUCCUCAGUCACGGUGGUUCAGUCUGUACCAUCCUUUCCCGACCUCCCUACUUCCCGGGAGUCGAGGUGAGACAGCCAGUUUUCCUUGUUACUAGGGGCACGUUUGGAUGCAGUUUGUCUUGCUGGGCCGCAUAGGAUAUCAGUGUGGUCCCUUUUUUACUUUCCAUCUUUUCCCCACCCCUUUGGGAAAAACAUCUUGGAGGUUUUGGAAUGCACGGUGGGAAUCGGGCCUGGAAGGGUUGAGAGAACGUGGCACUUGUAGGAAGUAAGUCUACUUCCUGCAAGUGCCUCAGUGUUACAGCCUCAGUGAGAUUCAAUACAACCUUGUGCGAUCUCACCUGCCUUUUAGGAUACGAUAGGCCUUUGUAAGCUCUCUCUGGACCGCUUGAAUGCAGCGCUGAAAACCUCCUGCCUGGGAGGACUGAUGUCAGCACCGUUCUGCUGAAGGACAGAGGGACUGUGACUAGGGAGCCAGUGCUCCAGCUAGGAUGGGAGCCAGGUUCUUCCCCAGACCUUGCUGCCCUCUUCGUUCCCUCCUGAUGUGCAGAGAGCCUGCUCAUAUGUGUGUGUGUGUGUGUGAUCAUGUUCAUGGAGGACUGUGGAGAUUUAAAUCUCUCUGCCCCUGGAGUUGCCCUUCCAUAAAAACUCUCUUGUCCCAAAGGGCCGGGUGCAUGUGCUGGGGAAAGGUGCUGUUUGCAGGGGUAGGGUGCUGUCCUGUGGGUAUGGGUGGCAGCCACGGUUUCCUGGGCAGCCACAGCCAUCCAGAGGCACGGCUGUGUGUGUGCCAGGCACCCCGUCCCAGGGAAGGGCAAACAACUAGUGUGUCAGGCUUAGAGUCAGACUGUCCCGACUUGAACAAGACCUGGUUUGUGAACUUGACAUGAAGAAGAGAAUAAUUACUUAUAGCAAUAGGAUUCUUUAUACCCUCGGGCUCUUUUAAGAUAUUUUCUUAUCAGAAUAUUUAUAUGGUGGACUGGGUGAAAUAGAAACAUCAGAAUAUUUAUAUGGUAGACUGGGCAAAAUGGAAACUUAGUAAAAUAUUAGUUUUUAUUCCAAGCAGAACAUAAAUAGGACAUGAUGAUAAGGCACCUCAAAUUACAAUUUUAACUUACUUUUUAAUAAUGGAAAUUUUCAGGAACAUAGUGAAUGCAUAAAAUGAGUUACAUCUAUGUUUUGAAAGUGAGCAAUUAAAUAAUCAUGUGUGAUUUUUGUGGUUUUAAAAAAUUACCUUCUGAUAUGAGAUUAAACACAUUUUCUUUUUGAAAAUAGGUUUACUGUGGCUAGUAUUUACGCUCUGUAUUUACUAAGUCAUUAGGAUAAUUCAAUGAUAUAAAGGUUGGUUUCUGCUAGUGAGACCUUGAAUACUUCUUAAUUUUGAUAUUGGUGCAAUUUUAUUAAAAGUUGAGCAGAACUGUUUCAGAAACACUGGGACAUACAUCUAGAGAACACACCAUUGUCUAUAUUCUGAGGUGGUCUGAAAUUAUUCUUAAUGACUCAGUGUUACAGCCUCAGUGAGAUUCAAUACAGAAAAUAAGCUUGAUUGUUUAAGGACCAGGGAACCAGUGUGAUCCGGGUCAAUUUUACUUCUUUCUGAGUAGCUUAGAAGCCCCAUGACAAAUAGAGGGGGAUGGGAGGCAAGGGAGAUAGCCUAGCCUUGAACAAUUCUUUGCCGAUGAAAUUCUCCUAAUUGUAUUUAUAAAAGAGGUAACAGGUUAAAAGCAAAGCAAAACAACAACAACAAACAGAAUGAGGUAAUGGAAUGAAGGUCUUUAGGUUGAUUAUUGAUGCCCGAGGUAGGCACCGGGCUGGACUCGCGUCUAAUCAAGCACCUUUCCCUGCCACGCCUGUGCUGAUCCAGACUAGUGCAUGCUCUUAGGAAAACUCAUCAGUGCCCACGACUCCGUUCACAGAUAUUCCUGAUGCUUCUCGAGGCUGCGCCUUUCACUGCAUUUGGACGCAGCGCAUCAGGGGGAUGUACCAUCUUGGUAAUUUCUUCCUGGCUAAGGCCUCACUUGCGUGUGCUGGGGAAACAGGUUAUUUAGUCCAACCUGAGAGGCCUACUUGGUACUGGGCCUGGGCCAAGUAGGCUGUUGAGAUAGCAUGGUCUAUAGUUUAAAGUAUUUUGCUUGUUUUUGUUUUAAUAUUCAAGGGCAUUUUCCCACUUUCAGAUGAAGUGUUUUGAGUCUCUGUGCCCAUCUGCUCCAAAAAUAUCCUCAAAGACAUUUCUAAGAACCACCAGUGAAGAUCAGGAUGCCAUUUUUACAUGUUUUGGGGAAACUCAUCAAUGUCCAUUUUAAAGAUUUCAUUUUAAUAGCACUUUCUUUUUAAAUGUCUUUUUGCAGGGUAUCCAUCCCCCCAAAUGGUCCAUGGACAACUUAAAAUUCUCCCAUAGCUAUGCAAGGGUUUCAUUGUUUUCAAGUUCAGUCUUUAAAAGGAAUUAACUAGGGCAGGGGUGGGGAACAUCCGGCCCAAGGGCCGUAUAAGACCCGUGA